AUGUCGAACCCCUCAGAUCAUUCUCCAACGGCACUCACUGCGUCCUAUAAUUCACCUUCCGAAUCGAAGCAUUUCCAGUACACAAUCACGGCACCACAAACCCAGGACGACGGAUCACUCAGCGCGGAAGCCAAAACAAAGUAUGUCUCCGAGCUACGGGCUUCAAGCAAGAAGCUACAGGAGGAUAUCAACAAAUUCUUAACUGAGAAAAUGGAGGAAGACAAGAAACAAACCGGACAACACAGCGAGGAUAGCACAUUGAAGCAGAAGUCGAAGGAUGAAUUAGAGGAAGAGAACUACGGCGAAGAGAAUGAGCAGGACGAGAUAUAA